CGUCCGACGUGGACCCGGAACCAACCGGGAAAUGCCCGCGUCUUCCAGAUUCCACACCUCCGCCACGUGCUCCCUCGCCUCCGCCUCCUCCCGUUCCCCUCCUCGGCGCCGCCGCCACGCCGCCUCCCUCAUGGGCCAGUCGCCGAGCGCACCCCCGGGGCGCAGCGGCAACCGGAGCCGGAGCAGCUCGCGGUGGCAGCAGCCCGGGCUCGGGCUCGACCUUGGGUUCCUGCUCGGCCGCAAGCCUCGGCCUGGGGACGAGAGGCCGGACCUCGCGAACUGGAUGAGGUGCUUCCUGUCGCAGCAUCUACCGCCCCCGACCGCGGAGGCGGAGGCUGAGGCCGAGGGGAAGGCCGCCGGGAGCUGCGAGGAAGAAGAGGUCGGUGGCGAGGGGGCAGACCACCUCGUCGUCAUGGUAAACGGGCUGUACGGGAGUUCGGCGGACUGGAAGUUUGCAGCGGAGCAGUUCGUGAACAGGUUGCCGGGGAAAGUCUUUGUGCAUCGUAGUCAGAGCAAUCAUUCAAAAUUAACAUAUGAUGGAGUUGAUUUGAUGGGUGAAAGGCUAGCUGAGGAGGUUCGACAAGUUGUUCAGAGAAGAAGAAACUUGAGGAAGAUAUCUUUUGUUGCUCAUUCCCUUGGUGGUUUAGUAACAAGAUGUGCAAUCGGAAAACUUUAUGAACCCACGACCAAUGAAACCUUUUCUCUUGAUACUGAUAAGCUUAAUGAUGAACAAAAAAUACCUGGUGCUGGUAAAAUAGCUGGUUUAGAACCAAUAAAUUUUAUCACGUCUGCUACGCCACACUUGGGCUCAAGAUGGAAUAAACAACUUCCCUUUCUUUUCGGCGUCCCACUUUUCGAGAGAACUGUUGCCGGAACUGCACAUUUUAUAGUGGGAAGAACUGGUAAACAUUUAUUCCUUACAGAUAGGGAUGAUGGGAAGCCUCCGCUUCUAGUUCGGAUGGUUGAAGACUGUGAUGAUGGGAAAUUCAUGUAUUGAUCCAGUUACUGUCCCAAGUGACAUCAAUCUCUAUACUUCAUACGCUGGCUUCAAACAUCUUUAUCACUCUGUUACUGUAUGCAGGUCGCUUUGCGCUCUUUUAAGCGUCGGGUUGCCUAUGCUAAUGUAACAUAUGAUCAUAUAGUUGGUUGGAGAACAUCGUCAAUUCGGCGUGAGCAUGAAUUGCCAAAGUAAACCAGCACUCCUAUUUACUAAGAGAAAAUGGAAGUUUUCCUGU